CUUUUGCUUCCCAUGCAAUUCCAACCACUUUCCCAUCUGCUUCGCCUUUUGCCGUUCCCGAUCCUCCUCUGUCGAUCAUCCUUUGCCUACUUCUUCUGCUUCUGCUUCUUUUCGUCCUUCUUUUCUCACCCGCUCAUUCUGCCAAAUGCGCCAAAACUCCCGCGCCGUUUAAACUACACUAUUGGCUAGCUAGCAACCACCCACCUUCGUCAUGAGCACUCGCAGCACACGUCCUACCAUCGAUCCCCGGCGGAAGUCCUCGACCCUCCAUUAUCAGACCUUUCCUACCCAGCCGCCAUCCUCACGAGGCAGACCCAUAUCAUCUGCGCCCUCGGCCCACCAUGACCCCGAUUCGGAUUCAGACGAGCACCAUCAUGAGUCACCCUUGCCUACCAGGCAGCUCAUCGUCCUCGCCAUUAUUGCUCUCGCCGAGCAGACGGCCCUCAACUCCAUAAGUCCAUACCUACCCGAGAUGACCAGAGCCUUUCCUGAGGUCAAGGAGGGGCAGACAGGCCUGUACGUAGGGUUGAUAGCAUCUUCCUUCGCCUUGGCCCAAUGUGCAACAAACUUCCUCUGGGGUUGGCUGUCAGAUAGGAUCGGUCGGAAACCCGUCAUCAUUAUGGGCACUUUCAUGACGGCCGCUUGCUUUGUAGCCUUCGGUUUUUGCCGCACUUUGUGGCAGGCCGUCCUUGUACAGGCCGUUAUGGGCCUGGUAAAUGGAAAUGCUGGGGUCGUCUCAACGUGUCUAGGCGAAAUAACCGACAGAAGCAACCAGUCGCGCGCAUUCACAUAUCUACCUGUGGUAUAUGGAAUUGGUGGGAUCACUGGGCCUAUUGUUGGAGGCUUGCUGGUAUUUUACCAAAAUCCCUUCGAUCAGUCCCGCCCCAAUCCUUACCCGUACUUGCUCCCAAAUCUGUUCUCUGCCGCUGUCCUGGCAGUAGAUUUGCUCAUUUGCAUGUUCUUCCUCGAAGAAAGUCUGGAAGAGGCAAGAAAACUCCCACCAAUCGGGAAGAGAGUUGGGAAUCUGUUCGCAUGGCUAUGGCAGUUCACAAGCUCGACGCGCCCGACUUACAUCAGGCGUUUUCUCCGUAAUUCGAAGCGCCAUCCUAACCGCAGACACCUUGAUGGGAUUCAAGAAGAUCAGGAAGACGAUGAACUCUUUGAUGAUGAAGAUGAAGACGAAGAAGAUGAGGAGGUUGAGGAUUCGCCUGCCUUAUUUCCUGAAGUUUCUGGCGAUGUGCUCACCAAGGGCCAAAUUUUCAACCGCGACACCGUACUUUUACUUGUCACCUACGUCAUUUUUCAGCUUGCCAACAUUUCAUACAACUCUCUAUUUCCCAUAUUUGCCGAGGAGCAACCGCCGACCGGCAGAGCCCUCUCACCAGAGGCUGUGGGGCUUUCAUUGGCAUUCGCAGGCGGCGUUACCAUCAUAUUCCAGAUCGGGAUAUAUGGAAAGCUGCGAGAUAGAAUCGGAAACAAAGUCACAUAUCGUGUCAGUUUGGCUGCGUUUGUGGUCACUUUUCUACUCACGCCCUGGGUGGCGUAUAAAGAGAACAACGGAUAUGAAGGUCUCGGGUCAGGUUCAGCGUUAUUAUGGAUUGAGCUAGGUGUGGUGCUGGUCAUCAAGACUGUAGCGAGUGUAGGUGGCCUUACGUCUGCACUUUUAUUGAUCACCAAUUCGGCACCAAAUCACAACGUCUUAGGCACGCUAAAUGGACUGGCACAAACGCUUUCCGCCGGGGGUCGAGCUGCUGGGCCGUUCUUAUCUGGCGCUCUAUUCACUGCGGCCACACAUAUCAAGCAUAAAGGCGAAGUACUGGCGUUCGGGAUCUUCGCAGCAGUUUCCUUUGUCGGUUUCCUGCUGAGUUUCGGCAUCCGAGGAGAGAAUCUGGAAUCGGACGACUGGAGCGAGGAGGAGGAGGAAACCGACGAAGAAGAAGAUAUAGGAGACGGUGACUACGCUGGAGAAAGAGUGAACGAACGAAGCGGCUUGAUCCGUAGUUGACAUUGAGCGCGCGACAUGGGGCAUUGUGUUUAUAUGUAUAGACUGGCAUAAUGUUCUCUCAAUAUGGAUGUGUACAUAGCAUAGUUAAUGAUUAGAUUACGAGACAUUGAGGCAUAUUUCGAGAGGCUGUGCACCUGCUUCAACGGGCAGAGCGAGCCACAAACACCUCACCAUCCUUCAAUCUGGGAUGCAUGUGUUGGGUGAUGGAAGCCUACACCCAGAAAAAACUCUACUCGAC